ACAAGUAAAGCGUCUGUGUGAUAACGAUUUGUCGUGACGUGAUGAGAAAUGACUGCUCGGCCAACUAACGAAAUUAUAAGAGUGUGAACAAGGAACUUGCUGUGUUGAUCAUUGUGAUCACUAUGUGGGGAAAAGAUGCUGACACUUGGAACUUAUUUUGAUGAUUAAUUGCCCCUUUGUUUCUCGGAGACUUCGACACUUAUUUUCACUUUCCAGCAUAUUCGUCACCAUAUUGGAUUUGCAAGCCUGUCAUGCUAGGUCGAGGAUGACAGAAUUUAUAUGCUACUCGAGAUAACGAUGACGUUGCCUCGCCGAUGUAGCAAUACUUGACUUUUUUUGCAAUUGUGUACUUGUUUGCUUAAAUAGAUCUUUAAAAUGUUUUAAAGCCAUAGCCACCUUGAGAAAGCACGAGCAUUUGCGUGUAAUAUUGGGAAAACUCCCUUUUGACUUGGAAUUUCGGGGUAAUGCUUGGCCUUCUUCGGAAACGACUUCCAAGGAUGACGGGUCAUUUCCGUAGUAAUGUGUGGGAUCCAGUGUUGAUCAUUUCCCAGAUCGUCGCCAUGCAGAGCCAGUUUUAUUUAUUGCUUGGAAUCUGGAAUUACUUGAUGAACAUGAUAGGCAAUUUUGAUUCAUCAUUAGAUAAGGUUUUUACUGAAACAGAUCUUGAUGUAUUAGAAACUUCGGGGAGGCUAAAUGUGAUUGCAUUCCUACUCAACAGUUUAACAAGUGCUCUUGCCUUGUGGUUCAUUGUUCAGAGAACAAAGUUGUGUUUAGACUUUUCUGUGACAGCCCAUCUGUUCCACUUGCUGGCUUGUAUAAUAUACAACAUGCACAUCCCUAACUCUCUCCCGUGGUGGAUUAUCACUGUCAUCAGCAUCGCUCUGAUGACUGUCACGGGGGAAUUCUUGUGUAUGCGGACAGAAAUGAAAGCCAUUCCACUGAGUAUGGGGCCCGAAGGCAGAUUUGUGAUCAAAAUGUGUUUUAUAUUCAUGUCCAAAUCUAUUUAUUCAUCUCAUCAUUAAUUCUAAAUUGGAAUGUAAAAUAUUGAAUAAAUAAUAUUAAAUGCAUCAUA